AUGGGUUGGAUCAUCAAGCUUGAAAGGGACAACCCAGAUCGGGCCCAUUUGCUCAAUCCGCUCACAACUCGGUACCAUCCUCAGUUCCCAUUGCCCCGGAAUUUUCCCCGGGUUCUCGACCUUAUGAAUUUGCAUGUACGGGAGCUUGGACUUGAGUACACCCUUCAGUACAUCAAUUAUCGCCCUCUGGCUACUAACAUUGGGGAUGCAGGGAAUCUUUACAUGGAGAAAGUUGCCUUCUGUGGUAAAGGUGAGGGCUUCUUUGUGAUUUUGACCAUUCAUAUUUCCGGGAAAUUGGUUUUGUAUAAAUCGGGUGAUAAGAAAUGGACCGUGAUUAAUGAUUUAGUACUGUCAUCUCCUUAUGAUGACGUGAUUUCCCGUUUGGGGAAAUUCUAUGCUGUUGAUUGUAAUGGCAGGUUAGUAAUGGUUAAUCUUAAUAUUGCUGUGAAUAAUAAUGCUGGUGGCUCUGAUGGUAGACUGGUAGAGCCUCCGGCUUUGAGUUUGAUUGCAGAUUCGGUUCAUGGCGGGGAUAAGAAGUUUCUGGUGGAGGAUGGUGGGGACUUGUUGUUGGUGGACAAGUAUACGGGAAUCACAGCUGGGGAUGAUUUGGGGUAUUACAAUGAAGAAGGGUUUGAGUCUUAUGAGGAGUUUGAUUGUCUCAUGAGUGAGAGGACCUUGAGGUUUAAGGUUUUCAGGCUGGAUACAAGUGGGGGAAGAUGGGUUGAAGUGAGCAAUUUAGGAAGCAAGAUUGUUUUUUUAGGGGACAAUUGUACAUUUUCCUACGAUUUGUCUGAGUUGGACUAUGGUGGCUGCUGUAGAGGGAAUUGUAUUUUGUUUACUGAUCAGUUCCUUCAUAGUAAGGAAGACGAUGGAGUUGGGAAGAGUGGCGGGAUCGGGGUGUUUGAUUUGGAGACUGGUAAUAUAGGUCCUAUCAGUAGUUUUCCAGGAUACUCUGAGUUGUUUUGGCCACCUCCUUCUUGGAUGUACCCAGGUUCUUCUUCGUCCUCUGUUGAAGUAAGUAAUGAUGCCUUUUAA